AUGGCUCCUGCUGCUGCACCGCGUAACUCGUACAUGUCUUUAGCGACGCCCAACGACACAAAGAACUACACGAACGACGUGGGCCAGAUCCAAUGGGCGCAAGUGCCUCUGAACGCUGCACUGGACAAACUCAAGUCGUCUCGUGAAGGGCUGACGUCUCACGAAGCCGAGAAGCGGCUGGCCGAGUACGGUCCGAACAAGCUGCCGGAAGAGAAGAUCAACAAGUUGACGCUCUUCAUGGGGUUCAUGUGGAACCCGCUGUCGUGGGCCAUGGAAGUGGCGGCCGUGCUCUCGAUCGUGUUGCUGGACUACGCCGACUUUGCGCUCAUUCUGUUCCUGCUCUUGCUGAACGCCGUGAUCGGCUACUUGGAAGAAGUGCAGGCAGGCGACGCGGUGUCCGCGCUCAUGGGCCAAUUGGCGCCGGAGGCGAAAGUCUUUCGUGAUGGGGAAAUCAAGAACAUUCCAGCGGAUUUGCUCGUCCCUGGCGACGUGAUCCGUGUGCGUCUUGGUGACGUGAUCCCUGCUGACCUCAAGUUCCUGGAGGGCGAUGCCGUCAAGGUGGACCAGUCUUCGCUUACGGGUGAGUCGCUGCCAGUGACCAAGAACGAGGGCGACGAAGGCUACUCUGGCUCGGUCGUGAAGCAGGGCGAGAUCGAAGCCGUGGUGACAAGCACGGGCAUUAACACGUUCUUAGGUCGCGCUGCCGAGAAGAUCGCGUCUGCCGACUCCCACGGUCGCCUCCAGAUGGUGCUGACAACUGUUGGCAACUUCUGCAUGGUGUCGAUCCUCUUUUGGUGUAUGGUGGAGCUGCUGGUGCAAAUGGCCGGUCGAUCGUCGCAGAACCCGUGUGUGAUCGUGACAGACGGCUGUCUGGGUGUUGCCAACAUCCUCGUGCUGAUUGUUGGCGGUAUCCCUGUUGCCAUGCCGACUGUGCUGUCGGUGACGCUUGCUAUUGGAUCAUCGGCCCUGGCCAAAGAGAACGCCAUCGUGACUCGUCUCACGUGUAUUGAGGAGAUGGCUUCGAUGGAGGUGCUGUGCUCCGACAAGACGGGCACGCUGACGUUGAACCAGCUGUCAGUGGACAUGGACAAUUUGAUUCCUUACAAUGACUUUACGACGGCUGACAUUCUGAAGUACGGCGCUCUGUCGGCGCGUACCGAGAACAAUGAGGCGAUUGAUGUCGUGUGCCACAACACGUACCCAGGCCACGCGACGAUGUGGAAAGAGUACACGCUGUUGCACUACACGCCCUUCGACCCGACGACGAAGCGCACGAUUGCAAAGUUGAAGGACAACAAGACUGGUGAGAUCUUCCGUGCCGUGAAGGGUGCCCCUCAGGUGGUGCUGGACAUGGACGUGAACGCGGAUUCGCUUCGUGCGGAGGUCGAAGAACGCAUUGACGAGUUUGCUUCGCGCGGCUACCGUGGUCUCGGCGUGGGUAUCUCUCGCAGCGGAGACGUCCCGAUGGAGGAAUGUGAGUGGCAGAUGAUUGGUCUGUUGCCGCUGUUUGACCCGCCUCGUCACGACACGGCCGACACGGUAAAGAAGGCUAUUGCUCUGGGCAUUGCAGUGAAGAUGGUCACGGGUGACCAGAAGGCUAUUGCCGUGGAGACAUGUCGUCAACUGGGAAUGCCGACGAACAUUUUGGACACUUCUUUCUUCAACACUGCCCCACCGCCUGGAGUGAACCUGGCGCAGAUGAUCUACGACACGGACGGCUUUGCUCAGGUGUUCCCCGAGCACAAGUUUGAGAUCGUGAAGCAUCUGCAAUCGCUGGACAAGGUGGUGGGUAUGACGGGUGACGGUGUGAACGACGCCCCAGCCCUAGCCCAGGCUGACAUCGGUAUUGCUGUGGACGACGCUACUGACGCUGCACGCGCUGCCGCAGACAUUGUGCUCGUUUCUCCUGGUUUGAGCGUCAUCAUCACGGCUAUCCGCAUGAGUCGUGAGAUCUUCUUGCGCAUGAAGAAUUACGCCAUGUACUCGAUUGCCAUGACCGUGCGCAUUGUGUUCACGUUCGGCAUCUUGACAGUGGCGUGGAACUGGUACUUCCCCCCGAUUCUUGUGGUGAUUCUUGCCAUUCUGAACGACGGCACGAUCCUGACGAUCUCAAAGGACAAUGUGGUUGCGUCACCGUACCCGGACUCGUGGAAGCUGAAGGAGGUGUUUAUUUCAUCGAUCUCAUUCGGUCUGUGGCUGACACUGUCAACAAUCGUGCUGUUUGCUGUCGUCAUCAACUCGAGUGGUUUCGAGAGUGCUGGCGUGGAGAAUCUGUGUGUGAGCUGUAUGAGGGACCAGUGCCACGAUUUCUUCCAGGACCAGUAUCAGCGGUGUGUGAUGGAAAACAAUGCAACCGGAUGUGGUGAGAUGACGGGCAGCGUGCCUCAAGCCGCCAGCUUGCCGGACGUGGGUGCGUUCCGUGAAAGCGCUGUCAAUGCUUACUGGACGCGGUAUCAAGAGAAGUACGACUCACGCUCCGAGCUGUUCGAGGACUUGUCGGACGUACACCUCAACUCGCUGCCGAAUGAUGCGAAGCCGUCGGCUGAGGCUGCGUACAACCAGUACGUGUAUGCGUACACUUUGGGCGUUGGCGGUGCUGCGUACGAGGGCGACUACAACGUGUUCAUUGCGGCUCAGUUGGGACAGGGCGUGACUUUUAUCGGGAAUGAUGAGGUGCCCAUCACGAACGAGGUCAGCUUCUGCGACUACAUGUGGGACUUCAGCAACUGGAACUCGACGUGGACACGCAACAACGAGAUGAUCGGUCCUGGUAUCCAGCGCAAGGAAGGCGUGCUGCGCUCGCUGGUGUACCUGCAGGUGUCCAUCUCUGGCCAGGCUCUGAUUUUUGUGACGCGAACAGCCGGCAGCAACAAUUGGUUUUUCGCCGAGAAGCCUUGCAAUCUGCUGCUGAUUGCGUUCGUGUUCGCUCAGAUCGUUGCUUCGGUGGUUGGCUGGAUCGGUUUCGGUGGUUACCCGACGGACCGCAUUGCUGUGAUCGGCUGUGGCGGCGGGUACACGCUGAUUGCGUGGUUGUGGUCUAUCUUGUGGCAGUUCCCACUCGACGUGCUCAAGUUUACGGUGAAUUACAUAUUGACGAAGAACGCGUACGCGAGCAAGGCGUUCACGGAGCGCAUCAAUGCCGGUCACCCCACGAUGAAGCACUCGGUGGUGACGAACACGCAGCGUUCGAUCCGCGCUAGUCGCACUGUCUAG